AUGGGCCUAGAAAGAUAUUCAGAGGAACUGGCAAUGGGAAGAAACCAAACAGCACUACCAACUUUCAUCUUGCUGGGACUGACAGAGGACCCUCGACUGAAAAUUUUGCUCUUUAUCUUUCUGUUUCUUUCCUACAUCCGGAGUAUAUCUGGAAACCUAACCAUCAUCACCCUCACUCUGAUUGAUUCCCACCUUAAAACACCAAUGUAUUUUUUCCUCCAAAAUUUCUCCUUCUUAGAAAUUUCAUUCACAACUUCUUGUGUCCCCAGAUUCUUAUAUAGCAUAUCAUCUGGGGACAAGUCUAUUACCUAUAAUGCUUGUGUCAGUCAACUAUUGUUUACAGACCUCUUUGCAGUAACAGAUUUUUUUCUCCUGGCUACCAUGUCCUAUGACCGCUAUGUAGUCAUCUGCAAACCCCUGCAUUACCUGACCAUCAUGAGCAAUAAAGUCUGCAAGAACUUCAUCCUCUUCUGUUGGGUAGCAGCACUGAUCAUCAUUCUCCCACCAAUUAGUCUAGGUUUGGGCCUGGAAUUCUGUGAUUCAAACAUCAUUGAUCAUUUUUGUUGUGAUGCAUCUCCUCUCCUGAAGAUCUCUUGCUCAGACACAUGGUUGAUAGAACAGAUGGUUAUCGUCUGUGCUGUGUUGACCUUCAUCAUCACCCUCAUGUGUAUAGUUCUUUCCUACAUUUAUAUCAUUGGGACCAUUCUAAGGUUUCCCUCUGCCCAGCAAAGGAAAAAGGCCUUUUCCACUUGUUCUUCCCACAUGAUUAUUGUUUCCAUUAUUUAUGGCAGCUGCAUCUUCAUUUAUGUCAAACCUUCAGCCAAGGAUGAAGUAGCUAUUAAUAAAGGGAUUUCACUUCUUAUUACUUCUGUCUCACCAAUGUUGAAUCCCUUUAUUUACACACUGAGAAACAAGCAAGUGAAGCAAGCUUUCCAUGACUCAAUUAAAAAAAAAUACAUUCCUCUCAAAGAUGUAAAGGAGAAAUGA